GCAAGAAGAAAAUUUUGAUAGUAAAAUUAUUGCAGAGACUUUUAGUAAAAAUUCAGAUAAAAGUAAGGAUCAAAAUAAUACUUUAGAAUUGAAUAUUGGGCUUACCUUUACAAACUGGAAAGAAUAUAAGGCUUGGAUGGACAAUUAUUUCAAGAAAAAGGGGUUUAAUUAUAAGAUUAAGACAAGUCAGAAGGAUGACAAAAAUAAACAUAACCAUGCACUUAUCCUAACAAUAUAUGAAACAGCUCCAAAAUUUAGAAAAUUGAUACCAGAAAUGUUAUUCAAUAUAGAAAAAUAUGUAAUACAAGGUAACUCAGAUGUAUCUCAGAUAUUCCAAAUUGAAAGGAAUUAG